GAGGCGAGAGGUUUAGUGUGUGGAGCUGCUCGCGCUCCGCCCGGGCUGUCAGUCCCGGCUCCAGCCGCCGCGAGACCUUCCCGGAGACGCGCGCACACACACAGCGCACCCUCCCCCCCCCGCACACCGCACACCCUCGCUCCCUUGCUCACACACACGCACGCACUCAGCCUGGCCGAGCAGGAGCCACUGACCAUUUUGCAAGUGCCGGGACCAGCUGCGGCGCAGUGGGUACAAACACUCAGCGUUCCCAUUCGGGGCUUUCGUCUGGGAGACGACGACGAGGGGCGAAGGUGGGCUAGGACGCGGACCAGGCGCGGGGCACUGGUCGGGCCGCCUUCCGGGCAGAGGCGCCUCCCGGGACGGGCGCGGGCCUCCGCAGAGAGUAGAAUAAAGAGGAGCGGCCGCAAUCGCACGCAGCGCGAGGAGGAUGGGAACUCCCCUGUUUCCAGCUCUGUAACCAACGGGUGGAAAUCCUGAAUGGAGAAGCCGCCGAUUUCAUUUGCUUGAGAAAAUCGUCCAGAGGAACUCAUAUUUGGCUACUCUGAGCAGUGGAGGGGUGUCCAUGACGUGGCAGGGGGAAAUUAGACAUACGAAACCUCCUGUGUGAACUGCAAACUGUAACCAAGCAAGGGGAAAAUAAUUUCUCUGUAUAUUUUAAUUUCAUGCAAAGGGUUUUAAGCAUCUGUAUUAUAAACUUACUUCUAUGCCUUGUACCCAGUCCAGCAGAAACCAGAGGAGUCCUGUCUGGGGACCCCGUCAUUAUCCGGGAGACCCGCCGCCCGCGGCCUGCCUUCGUUUACCCACAUCCCCCUGGAGCGGCUAUCUGUUUGGGGUAUCACAGCCUUUCCUAUAGAACUAUGGCCAAAUAUCCACGAAUGUUUUGUUAAUUCUGGGACUUAACUCCUGGAACCUACCUGCGGGAUUGGAAUUUAGCCUAAAUGCGUAUGAAGAAAUGACAUUUUAAACCAUUAAAAAAAAUACCUUAAUGAUUUCCUGUGUAGCAGGAUUUGAUAGGCUUAACAACAUGACAGGUAAGAACUUUCUCUCUUUCUAGUCCCUUAACGCCCCACGCAGGGAAGGUCGAAGCGUAACGGGACCCUGGAGGAAGGAGAGCCCGGGGACCCGGGUGCCCUUCGGGGCUCACAGGCGCUCGGCCGGGCGGCUGCUUUCGAGAGAAGCUCAGCCCUCGCCCCUGCACGGUGGGGCCAGCGGCCGGGGAAGCUUCUGGGGCGCGCGCUGGGAGGCGGCGCGGCGCUCCACCUGCCUUGCCCCGGACACAGCCCCGGGGUGAAGCGUCCAGGGACCACCCCAAGUCAAUAUUGGGAUUUUUAAUAAACCAAGGAAUGGGAUUUUAAUUAUUUAAAACCCAGCUCCUCUGGGCCAGAUGCUGUUGGGAUGGUCCUAAUCACACAAUAUUAAAGAGACCCAUCACCAAGAGGACGAGAAAAGCGUCCGAGACCAGCGUCCGAGACAUCCGUUGCAAUUACGAAUGAACCAGAGACUUGGUAGCACGGGGCAUUGAUUGCUGGUGCCCAACCGGACCCUCCUCCCCUCUCCCCGUUCCUCCCCCCACCCGAGGCAGGCUCCGGCGGCGGCCGGGACCUCGCGUGCCUACAUCGUGGCCGGGGCCGCAUUUUUCAUGAGCCCGGGGUGAACAGGUGCGAAGUGCGCUGGGAGCAUCCAGCCAGCGGCCGGGAGCGGGGAACAUGGAGAGCGAGCGCGACAUGUACCGCCAGUUCCAGGACUGGUGCCUCAGGACUUACGGGGACUCAGGCAAGACCAAGACGGUGACCCGUAAGAAAUACGAGCGGAUCGUCCAGCUCCUCAACGGCUCCGAGUCGAGCUCCACGGACAACGCCAAAUUUAAAUUCUGGGUCAAAUCGAAGGGCUUCCAGCUGGGCCAGCCGGACGAGGUCCGCGGGGGCGGCGGCUGCGCCAAGCAAGUGCUUUACGUGCCGGUCAAGACCACGGAUGGUGUAGGGGUAGAUGAGAAGCUGUCUUUGCGGCGGGUAGCUGUGGUUGAAGAUUUCUUUGACAUUAUCUAUUCGAUGCAUGUGGAAACAGGGCCAAAUGGAGAACAAAUUCGGAAACAUGCUGGACAAAAGAGAACUUACAAAGCAAUUUCAGAGAGCUAUGCCUUCUUACCAAGAGAAGCGGUGACACGGUUUCUAAUGAGCUGCUCAGAGUGCCAGAAAAGAAUGCAUUUAAACCCAGAUGGAACAGAUCACAAAGAUAAUGGAAAACCUCCGACUUUGGUGACCAGCAUGAUCGACUACAACAUGCCAAUUACCAUGGCCUACAUGAAGCACAUGAAGUUGCAGCUGCUGAACUCACAGCAAGAUGAGGAUGAAAGUUCAAUAGAAAGCGAUGAAUUUGAUAUGAGCGAUUCAACACGGAUGUCAGCCGUGAACUCUGAUCUUAGCUCCAAUCUUGAGGAGAGAAUGCAGAGUCCUCAGGCUCUUCAUGGGCAGCAAGAUGAUGAUUCUGCUGCAGAGAGCUUUAAUGGCAAUGAAACUCUGGGGCACAGUUCAAUUGCUUCAGGGGGAACACACAGCAGGGAUAUGGGUGACUCCAAUGGCGAUGGCAAAACUGGGCUGGAGCAGGACGAGCAGCCACUGAACCUGAGUGACAGCCCCCUCUCCGCUCAGCUGACUUCGGAAUACAGAAUAGAUGAUCAUAGCAGUAAUGGAAAAAACAAAUAUAAGAAUCUUCUGAUUUCUGACCUCAAGAUGGAACAAGAGACGAGAGAAAAUGGAAGCAAGUCUCCUGCACACAGCUACUCAAGCUACGACUCUGGCAAAAAUGAGAGUGUAGACCGAGGUGCCGAGGACCUGUCUCUAAACAGGGGCGAUGAGGAUGAAGACGACCACGAUGACCACGACGAUUCUGAGAAAGUUAACGAGACUGAUGGCGUUGAGGCAGAGCGGCUGAAAGCUUUCAAUAUGUUUGUCAGGCUGUUUGUAGAUGAAAACUUGGACCGAAUGGUCCCAAUCUCUAAGCAGCCCAAAGAAAAGAUCCAGGCUAUCAUUGACUCAUGCAGGCGACAGUUCCCUGAGUAUCAAGAGCGUGCCAGAAAACGUAUACGUACUUACCUCAAGUCCUGCAGGCGGAUGAAAAGAAGUGGUUUUGAGAUGUCUCGACCUAUUCCUUCCCACCUGACUUCAGCAGUUGCAGAGAGUAUCUUGGCUUCAGCCUGUGAGAGUGAGAGCAGAAAUGCCGCCAAGAGGAUGCGCCUGGACAGACAACAGGACGAAUCUGCCCCAGCUGACAAACAGUGUAAACCAGAGGCGGCCCAGGCCACUUACUCAACCUCAGCUGUUUCAGGCUCCCAGGAGGUGUUGUACAUCAACGGCAAUGGGACCUACAGUUACCAUAGUUACAGAGGUCUAGGAGGGGGACUGCUUAAUCUGAAUGAUGCUUCCAGUAGUGGACCCACCGAUCUCAGCAUGAAGAGGCAGUUGGCGACUAGCUCAGGAUCCUCCAGCAGUUCAAGCUCCAGACCCCAGCUGAGUCCAACCGAAAUCAAUGCCGUGAGACAGCUCGUUGCAGGAUAUCGAGAAUCAGCUGCAUUUUUAUUGCGUUCUGCAGAUGAACUGGAAAAUCUUAUUUUACAACAGAACUGAGUCAAAUGACGUUCCUAUUCACUGAGGUCUAAAUUUGCAGUUUCCACUAAUGACAUUUUGAUUUCCCAGCAGAGAUGCUUCUGGUCUUACUGCACAGUCUUAAGAGAAAUACUUCCAUUAUGCCACAUUGUCCUUGAUCCAUAAAGUGAUGUGUUAAGGUGCUUCAAAGGAAGUCUGACCUCUGAAGUACUUGAGAUACAGUAAUGUGUCCAGCUCACUGCUUUUUGUUUUAGUUUGUCAGCAUAAAUAUCAGGGGCAAAUAAAGGCUGUAUAUUCCUAAUUCAAGGAUAAAACAGAAGAAACGUGUGGUAUUGAUAGUUCAAGAUUCAACUGAAAUAUUAGUGGAAUCUGCUACUGACUUAUUGGACUGAAAGUUGCAGUAUCUGGCAAAAAAAAAAAAAAAAAAAAAAAAAGCCAAAUUUCUUGUUGCUACAGGAUAUAACAACAAUGAGACGGAUCUUGUAUUUUAAAAAAAUAUAUAUGUAGUUUUUAUAAAAAGAAAACUUGUUUUUCAUUCAAAAUGGUCAUUUUUACUUUGGUAACUUUUUCAUAGGUCCUAAAAAAAAAACUGUUUUGAAAAACUACUGUAAGUACCUUUUCCACAUCCCUUUGCCUUCUCCUCUUUCCAAAUUCUUUCUACAAAAAUAACGAUGCUGGAAAACAAAUCCUUGCUACGUUCUUUAAAUCGUCACAUCAGGAAGUACUUCCAAGAGAAGCCUGCGUUUCUGCACCCGUGCUCAUCAACCCACUCAACAUUGCAGUUGCGCCAUAGCGGUUUUCAUCACAGAAUUUUUUAAUAUUAAAAAAGACAUAUCAUUGAAAAAAAAAAUAUCACACCUUGGUUCCUUACAGCUGCUUGCCCGGGAUUGACGCUGCUGUCUUAUAGGCAUGCCUCCAGCAGCAAUGGGAUGUAGAUGGCUGAAUGUUAAGAGGUUGCAAGUGACAAUCUGAAAAUGUGCACUCAUGUGGUUUUUCUUUCUCGGUUUCAGAAAUCGUUUCCAAAAAAAAGACCGUUCCCCUCUCCUGAUAGGAUUUGUAUAAUUUACAAUUCUAGGUGAAAAUGAUGUAAAGAACUCUCAGUGGAUGCAGCUGCAACUUUAAAUGAACUGCCCCAUCCUAUCCACCCCCCCCCACUUUGUCCUUCUUUCUUAUUUUAUAGUGUUGGAUACACAUGAAUGGUGUUUUCUUUGUGCACUGAGGCAAGCUUAUUUUUAAAAUAUUUAGGGAGGAGUACAUCUGUUUAUGCUUCUUGUACGAUUCUUUUUCUGUUGUUUAGCUUUGGUUGGAUUACAGAUUCUCUGUGCAUUCCUGGAUUUGCCUUAUUUCAUGUAGAACUUAUGUCAUUCCAUUUUUGGUAAUGAGUUUAAGGCAUCAGUGAUAUUUCUUACCUACUUGUUACAUAUAGUUUUUCAAGUAAUGACUGUGAUUGUGACCAAGUAAUGUGCACUUUUUCUUGUAACUGUGGACAUUGCUAUGCUUUUUUCUUCUAGUGUUUCUAGAAUUACUGUUCCUUACAGUUACGUAAGCAAAACAAACAAAAAAACAAAAAAAAAAAAAGAACUUUUGUGAUACUGUUGGUGAAUAUAAUGUGAAAAUCUUAUUGAAAUAUGAGUAUUUUGGAAAUACAUAGAUGCACAAACAUCUUUUAAGGUGUGGAUUUAGAGUUUGCUUAUUUAAAUGAAAAUUCAAAACUCGAGGGCUGGUAUAAUUUUCUCUGUUUUGUUUGGUUUAAUAAACAGAUUUCUGUGUUAAAACAA